GUUGUUGUUUGAUGGAAAGCUAUGACGGAGCACCUGCUGAAAAUACUGAUCGUUGGGGACGGGAGUGUUGGGAAAUCUUCCUUUGUGCAUCGCUAUGUCAAUGGAAAUUUUACCACGACAUACAAGAUGACAGUGGGAGUGGACUUUUCCAUGAAGGUGCUGCCCUGGUCAGACACAGAGAAAGUCAGACUGCAGCUCUGGGACAUUGCAGGCCAGGAGCGUUUUAUAUCCAUGACCAGGAUAUACUAUAAAGGAGCGUCAGGCUGCGUGAUCAUGUUUGACGUCACCAAUGCCACCAGCUUUCUCAACUGUCGCCUCUGGAAACAAGAUCUGGACAUUAAAGCCAUGUUGCCCAAUGGAGCCACCAUCCCCUGUAUCCUACUGGCUAAUAAGUGUGAUCUCUCUGGAAGGGUGGUGUCAGCUGACAGCAUAGAUCACUUCAGUAAGGCCAACGGCUUCACGGCUUGGAUGGAGACCUCCGUUCGAGACAACAAGAACAUCACAGAGGCUAUGAGGAGGUUGGUGGAGGAGAUCCUGUCUGCCCAAUCUGCUCUGAACCCGAGCCGACUCACACCCCAGGACCAUAUUAACCCAGAAUCACAGCUUAACAACACGAGGGAAACAAGAUGCUGCUGAUCACAUACACCUCCGUUUCCUCAUCGUGGCACCCACCACGUCCGAGCCUCUCAACCCCAGGAGAGUUAUGCCCCUCCAGUUCCUUCAAAAGGAUUAUUUUCAGUUCUAGCUUGUCCACAUAAAGGAAUUAUAUUUUAUAACCACAAUACAUGCAUUACAUGUAUUGUAAACAUUAUGUAAACAUGUAUUGUAAACAUUAAACUAUAGAAGAUGUAGAUGUUAUGAUUGGCUAUGACCAUGCAACUUGCUAAAAUGUCUUCUGACUAUUCCCCCAAACAUUUUCAUGAGCUUCUCUUCUUCUAUAAAGAGCAUUCCUGGUCACUUAUCUUGUAACCUGAGCUGAGGUAUGGAAGAUGGACAAAAGGGAUUUUGCUGCACUGCUUUGAUGAUUUCAUGUUGUGCGUAAUGAAAGGCUGUAAAUUGACCCUUUUUUAUAUCUAUAUAUCUAACUUUGAAAAUAUAGUGACCCUAGAACUGCCGUGAUCAACUUUAUCCAGCUGUGGGAAAGGGAUUGUCCAUUCUAGUUGGGGUUUGCCAUCUGUGUACGUGACAUGCAACCACAUGAGCUUAGCCUUCAACUUGGAGCACAACUCGAUAUGUGGAACGGUAAAAAAAAAGAAAACGUGACCUCUGAAAAGUGUUAUCUAAUUUUAUUAUUUUAUGUUGUUUUCUACUCGUGUCACUACUUUUUAGUUUUAUACAAUCGCAUAUUUUAAAACUUCCAUCCAUCCGUUAUCCACAACACUUAUCCUGCUCUCAGGGUCAUGGGGAUGCUGGAGCCUAUCCCAGCAGUCAUUGGGCAGCAGGCGGGGAGACACCCUGGACAGGCCGCCAGGCCAGCACACACACACACACACUGCAAACAUCCACUGAUUUAAAAGCCAAAAUUGCUGGUUUUCGUGUCUCUAUACGGUAUUAAAAAAAAGCACUUAAAGGAUUUUCACCAAAUAUCCCUGCAACAGGAGAGGUUAUAAAAACAGUCAGGUGUGGAUAUGUUUGACACUUUUUGUUAGUUUGUAUUAGGUGAAUUUAUUCCCUCGUAGAGUCAUCUGGUCAGGGAUUACCAAUCAUGGUGUUUUUCCACACGUCACAUCUUCAAUGGUGAUUUCAGUUAUUUAAAGGAUAAGUCCUUUUUCUUUUUUUUUACAAUCUGGGUCUUAGUUUUUGUAGUUUUUGCCAUCAUAUGAAUGUGUUAUGAUAUCGUUUUACUCACCAGCUUCAUUUGGGGGAUUUUGGAUUGUAACAAAACUGAAUUAUCCGUGUUUAAAUUGUUGUUGCUUAUGUUUCUUCAAGGCAGAUGAUUGAACAUCAUCAUGUUCUUGUUAUUUUGAGUUUCUUGGUGAGUGAAUAAAAGAGUA